UAAUUAAUAUCAGUACCACCUCUUCCAUUCCCUGCAAUGAGAUCGCUUGCGGUUUUUUCGUGGCUUUUCUUGAUGCCCAUUUACUCACUUUUCUUAAUUAGCAUUUGUGUCUUUGGCGUGUCUGGCCAAUGUUUCGGCAAUCAACAGUCGUUGUUGCUGCAACUGAAGAACAACCUUACAUUCGAUCCUGCUAUGACGUCCAACAAACUUGUUCAGUGGAAUCAAAGUAUUGAUUGCUGUUCUUGGGAAGGCAUAACCUGCCAUGAGGGACGUGUUAUUGGUCUCGACCUGAGCAGUGAAUCCAUCUCGGGUGGACUUGACGAUUCAAGCAGCCUCUUCAGUCUUCAGCAUCUCCAGAGCCUGAAUUUGGCUUACAACGACUUCAACUAUUCUCAGAUUCCAUCACAGUUUGACAAGCUGGCAAAUUUGAGGUAUUUGAAUCUAUCAAACGCUGGUUUUGCAGGACAGAUUCCUAUUGCAAUUUCGCGUUUGACAAGGUUGGUUACUCUUGAUUUAUCUGGCAAUUAUGACACCUACAAAGCUGCUGAUUCCCUAGCACUUGAGAAUCCAAAUUUAAAUAUGCUCGUUCAGAACCUUUCGAAGCUUAUCGAACUUCAUCUAAAUGGUGUAGUUAUAUCAGCCCAAGGUAAGGAGUGGUGUCACGCCUUAUCAUCUUCAUUGCCAAAUCUGAGAGUGUUGAGCUUGUCAUACUGCAAUCUUUCAGGCCCUAUUGAUUCGUCACUACGGAAUCUUAAGUCCCUCUCAGUUAUUCAUUUGAAUGGUAACGACUUUUCUUCUCCAGUUCCAAAUUUUUUUGCAGAUUUCAAAAAUCUGACAUCUUUGAAAGUCUCAUCUUCUGGGUUGAAUGGAACAUUUCCCAAAAAGAUCUUCCAAGUUCCAACGCUACAAACUAUUGACUUAUCAUUGAAUAUGUUUAGUGGAUCAAUUCCAGACUCAUUGGCGAGCCUCACACAAUUGGUCUAUUUGGACAUGUCAUCGAACAUGUUUAGUGGAUCAAUUCCAGUAUUUAGCAUGGCCAAGAAUCUAACCGACCUAAACCUUUCUUCAAAUAAUCUUAUUGGUCAGAUUACUUCCACUCAGUGGGAACAACUUUUGAAAUUGGAAAAUCUUAAAUUGUAUAGAAAUUCACUGAAUGGGAAUAUUCCAGUUUCUCUAUUUUCCCUUCCAUCAUUGCGAUAUUUAGGACUCUGGUCCAACCAAUUUUCUGGUCAACUCAAAGAAUUUUCCAAUAACCUAAAAUAUAUUUAUUUGGAUAGCAACCGGUUGGAAGGACCAAUACCCAUGUCUAUCUUUGAACUUCGAGGUCUUGAAGGCCUAUCACUUGGUUCAAACAAAUUUAACAACUCCCUAGACCUUAGUGUGAUUCAGCCGUUAAAAAAUCUUUCAUACCUUGAUCUUUCUCACAUCAACUUGUUGACUGAAUAUAAUGAUUUUAACCUUUCGUUAUCCUCGGUUCAGCUUAAUAUAUUAAUUCUCGCUUCUUGCAAGUUGAAAAAAUAUCCCGAUUUUUUGAGAAACCAAUCCAGUUUAUACUUUCUAGACCUUUCAAAGAACCAAAUCUAUGGAGAGUUACCCAAUUGGAUCUGGAGACUUCCUAGUCUUCAAUCUCUAAAUCUUUCUUAUAACUACUUGAAGACUCUUGAAGGACCUAUCUCCAAUAUCUCUUUUUUUAUUGAAAGAUAUCUAGACUUUCGCUCCAACCAGUUCCAAGGCCAACUCCCAGUUCUCCCACCUGUCAGCUACUUGGAUUUCUCCAUGAAUAAUUUUCAUUCUGCCUUACCAGCUAGCAUCGGCCAGUCCCUUGAAUUCGCAUAUUUCUUUUCAAUUUCAAGUAAUAAAUUGUAUGGGAGUAUCCCUGGAUCAAUAUGCAAAGCUACAAAUCUUCAAUUUCUCGAUCUGUCUGAUAAUUACUUCAGUGGCACAAUUCCCCAAUGCUUGAUUAAGAAUAGAAAUCUUUGGGUGUUGAGUCUAAGGAAAAACAAUCUCAACGGUACAAUUCCUGAUACAUUUCCGAAGUUUGGUUAUUUACAAACUUUAACUGUCAAUAAAAACCAUCUAGAGGGAAAGUUACCGAAAUCUCUUAAGAAUUGCCAUUUAUUGGAGGUCUUGGACAUUGGGAACAACCACAUCAAGGAUACCUUCCCAUUUUACUUGAAAGGAUUAACCAUAUUGAAGGUUCUUAUUUUGCGAUCUAACAAAUUAUAUGGGCCCAUUGGUCAUCUAGAGCUUGAUGCCCCUUGGCCGAUGCUUCAAAUCAUGGAUGUAGCUUCAAACAAUUUUACCGGCCACCUUCCAAUUGUACUCCUUUCUACUUGGAUGGCGUUGACAAAUCAUGCACAUGAGGCGCACUCAAAGCUCAGUUACCUCCAAAUUGAGAUGGGUAGGAGAUAUUAUCGACAUACGGUAACAGUUACUAGCAAGGGCUUAGAGGUGGAGCUGGUGAAGAUCCUAACUAUCUUCACCACCAUUGACUUUUCUUGCAACAACUUUGAUGGUCCUAUACCUGAAGAAAUUGGAGAAUUCACAUUGUUAUAUAUUCUCAACUUGUCGCAUAAUGCCUUUGCAGGCCAAAUCCCAGCAUCUCUAGGGAAAUUGAGUAAUCUUGAGUCAUUAGACCUUUCAAGUAAUAAGCUUUCUGGUAAUAUUCCUGUGCCACUUGCCGAUGGUCUUAUUUUCCUAGCAGUUCUCAACCUUUCGUUCAACCAAUUGGUGGGACAGAUUCCAUUCAUCAAGCAAUUUGCUACAUUUUCGGAAAAUUCCUUCAAAGGAAACGAAAGAUUAUGUGGUUUGCCUUUGAAAUCACAGUGCUCACAUGAGGAGCCACGAUUGUCACCUCCAACGUUUGAAGAACCUCAUAAGAGUAUGAUCGACUGGAAUUACUUAAGUGCUGAACUGGGAUUUGUUUUUGGGUUUGGAUUUGUAGUUGGGCCCCUUAUGUUUUGGAAGAGAUGGAGGAUAUGGUAUUACAAACAUGUUGAUGACAUUCUUUUCAAGAUCUUCCCUAAACUGUAUCUUGGAAAUGAAUAUCGUCGAAGACCAGCACUCAACAGUCAGCAGCCAAGGCAUUAGUUGUAGUUAUGAUCAAACGCAACACCUCCAGAGAUAAGUUGCUCCAAGUUUACUCUGAAUGAAGUUUGCUAAAGUGUGUAAGGCCUCUUCGGUGACAGUUAUGCUCAGUUGCUGAUAUACACAUUUAUGUGUAAUAAUUUGCACUACUUUUGUCAUGUUGUCUGGAUUCUAAUUAUU